UUGAAUUCUUCCGAAAAUCAAAAAAUGGGAAUCGAGGUUUCCGAUGAGCUGUUGGGAACUUUCGUCCCGGUUUUGAUUUAUUGGGCGUAUUCGGGGAUUUACGUGCUGCUGGAUUCGUUCGAGAAGUACCGUUUGCACACCAAGAAGGACGAGGACGAGAAGAAUUCGGUCUCCAAGCGAACGGUGGUCAAAGGGGUUCUUCUGCAGCAGACGGUUCAGGCUAUUGUCGCUAUUAUCCUGUUCACGGUGACAGGAAAUGACGGCGGGGAUGAAGGUACAAAGUCUUCUUUCAUUGAUCUAGCAAGACAGUUUGUUACCGCAAUGGUGGUUUUGGAUACCUGGCAAUACUUUAUGCAUAGAUAUAUGCACCACAACAAGUUCUUAUACAAACAUAUCCAUUCCCAACAUCACCGACUUGUUGUACCCUAUGCAUUUGGAGCUCUGUACAAUCAUCCUGUGGAGGGACUACUCCUUGAUACAAUUGGUGGGGCCUUAUCUUUUCUCCUCUCUGGUAUGUCUCCUAGAACCUCCAUAUUCUUCUUCUCCUUCGCUACCAUCAAAACAGUAGACGAUCAUUGUGGAUUGUGGCUUCCGGGGAACCUUUUCCAUGCAUUGUUCAGAAAUAAUAGUGCUUACCACGACAUCCACCACCAGCUCUAUGGAACCAAGUAUAACUUCUCCCAGCCAUUCUUUGUUAUGUGGGAUAGAAUACUUGGUACGUACAUGCCUUACUCAUUAGAGAAGAGAGCGGGUGGGGGCUUUGAAGUGCUGCCUAAGAAAGUAGAGAAGGAGAACUGAUUCUUACACAAGGAAACACGAAUCUAUAUUUGAUUGUACCGGUAUUUGUUGUUUUUCUUUCUUAGGAAACCACACUGCCUAAAUAUUGUGUAUAUACAUAUACGGUGCUGUGCCUUACUCUUUUGUUUUCCUUUUUGAAUGAGUUUUAAAACUUAGUCGUGGAAUCAGGAAUUCAUGUAUUAAGAUAAAUUCCGACAUUAGCUCCGGUGGUUUCAUUCCUCCACCGGAUUCUGUCAUUGUGAACUACAUUUGCUUUUGGAUUGAGGAUGUGAACGGAGAAACCGUUGUGGGGGUCUA